ACCGCACAAUAUGGUCGCGAGAGACGUGGCAGCAGUUGCUUUAUCUCUAAUAAUACUACACGGCUAAAGUACCGACAAAGUGUAGGUAACCGCAACGCAAUGGAUCAAGUUUAGACAGGUUUAGAUAAGAUUAUUUUAAGUGUGCUAAAGUCUUAUUAAUCUUUGACUGUGCAUUGGAGUACGAUUCGGUGAGUGCUAAGAUGUCAGGCUUCGACGAAAAUCCUUUCGGAGCACCGAAUAUCAACGAUCCUUUCUCAGAUCCUUCAAUAAGAAGGGCUGUAUCCUCUACUCCAGUUAAUAGAGGUUUAGAGGAUUAUAAUCCUUUUGCCGAACAAGGUUCACAAGGAACUGCACAAGUUAGAGGUGCUUCGAAUCCUCCCAUGUAUGGAGGUAUUGGAGCCACACAGCAACCAGCUACGCUUCAGCCUUCAACUCAAGAACCUCCAGCUACCAACUAUGCCCGUACUCCACAGCAAACAGUAAAUGCAACACUUGGAAGUACAAUGUCUCCUACUUCAGAUCAAAGAUCAGAGCCAGAUUGGAAAGCAAGAACAGAGGAAGAUAUAAGAAGCACAUCAUACUAUCCCCAAAGGUACAACUGGCCACCGCUACCAGACAAAUGCUGUUUUCAACCCUGCUUCUACCAGGAUAUUGAUGUUGAAAUUCAUACAGACUUUCAGAAAACAGUCAGACAACUGUACCGCCUAUGGAUGUUUCACGGCUGUGUUUUAAUUCUCAACGUUAUCGGCGGAUUCAUUCUGCUCUUAUGUAGCGAAGGAUUUUCUACAUUCGGUCUUGGGAUAUUAUAUCUAAUACUUUUUACUCCGUUCUCGUUUUUAUGCUGGUUCAGACCAGCAUACAAGGCUUUUAAAAACGAUAGCUCUUUUAACUUCAUGGUAUUUUUCUUCGUCUUUUUCUUUCAAUUAAUCGUCACGGGAAUACAGGCCAUAGGCAUUCCUGGCUCAGGAACUUGUGGUAUUAUACUUGCUAUCACGAUGUUUGACAAAACAGCUAAAGGAAUAUUCGUUGGUUUUCUACUGCUCCUUAUUGCUCUCUGUUUCGUCCUGGCUGCGUGUGGAGACCUGCUAUUAUUGACCAAGAUUCAUAAAAUAUAUCGCUCAUCGGAUGCAAGCGUUUCGAAAGCGCAACAAGAGUUCGCCACGACUUUUUUGCGAAAUGAACACGUGCAAAGUGCAGCAAGUAACGUUGCUGCAACUGCUGUCCGUGCCCAAAUGGCUAAUGCUGCUAAUCAACCACGCUAUUAAGGUGAUAUCGCAACACUCGAGGACUAAUUUUUCAGAGUACGAAAAUUUGGUUAUAUCACUGUUAUUACUUUAUUGGAUUUAAUUUAAACGUCUCAAUGGAUUUUACGUCAAAUAAAAAAGAAGAAAAGGAAAAUGUUUGGAAAUAUAGGAAAAAAGUUGAUGAAUCUUUGUUAUUUAUUGAGAGUUUAAUCAAAUAGAGAUAUCACGUCCCUUAUCAAUAUAUUUUUUACGUGACAACGCGAUUUAAAUUGAUUGCAACGAUUAUCACACAUCUUUAUUGUAUAGCAAUCAAUAAUGAAAUACUUUGUUUUGUAUGAGAAUAAAAAACGAAAAAUAAGAAGGAAAUGUUGUUUAAAUUUUAUAAAUACGCGCUGAUACAUUUGUACUUAUGUAAGCAGCAGAAAGGUUGAGAGAGAGAGAGAGAGAGAGAGAGAGAGAGAAAUGAAAAGUGACAAAUAAAAAUUUAGUUUAUUCAUAAAAAAAAAAAAAAAAAAAAAAAAAAAUAGAAGAGAUCUCUUUUACUCCAACGAUUAGCACAAAGAACUUCUCCAUAUAAUACUUACAAUAAAUAUUCCAAACUCUCUAAACCAAUAGUGCUCAACAAUUUUUUACCUAGAAUUUCAGAAUUAUGAUUCAUCGAUCUCGAUCCACGAUUAGAUAAGCUUAUCUUUCACUUUGACAAAUAGAAUAUGACAAAAAGAACAAAUGUAAAACCUUCAGAUCGAUAGGUGGCCAUCGGAUCGGUUGGAAACGGACAACCAAGAUUCGUCUCGAACGUAGAUCCCGUUCCAACUAAUUUCGCCACGAAUAUAGCGUCUAUCAUUUCUAUAUUUGAUCUGUACAUUAUUCUAGCGUGUCCUUCGGCUAGCCUGAAGAAGAAUUGUUAACGCUAAAUGUUUAAAGAAAACGCUUUGAAUGUCUUGUCUCUUGUUACCUAAUAAGACUGUCCAAAAGCCGAA